AUGGCGGGCCGACUUAACAAUGAAGAAGUGAAAAUUGCCUUCUUCUCAAAAGACAACUCUGAUGCUCGUCCAGUAUCUAACGAGACACUCUCCAUCAUUGUCAAUGGCAUUCGUUCCGGUAUCAAGCGUUGUAUCGAUCGAACAAAGGACGUCGAUAUGUAUUGCUGUCUCCAGGGCAACUGCUUCAUUCCCAAUUCACGUGUGAUCACUCUGCAAAGUACUCUGGGAGCCACCAUGGCUGCAUCUUCCGAUGGGAAUCUUCGAUUCAAGACGCAUCAAGGCGGUUACGAGCUUCAUGUCAUUUUCAGUGGUGGAGCAAACUCCUUCAAGAUGGCCUUCGACGAACCUCCUCCUCAAGCGGAAGCGGAACAUCCUCCUCGAGAGGAACAACCUCCUCCUCCUGUGGCUGCUGCGGCCAAACCCGACAAGCGCCACACUGAUUCCAAGCGUCGUAAGAACCUGCGCCCUGUACCAGAGGAUUCGGAUCAGGAUGACGAACAACCAACAACAACCCAUCAUCGACGUCGCAAUGUGAAAACACGCUGCAAUUAUUCGUCUGAUUCAUCCUCUGAAGCAGAGGAAAUUCUGCACUUCUCUCAGCUCACUGGCCGCGGCCGUAAGACCCAUUAG